UCUUCUUUUUUGUAUGGGUGUGGGACCGUGAGGGUGUCCCAUCAGACGUGCAGGUGCAAUCCACUGUAUAAAUAUAAAUAGCAUACUUUGAGUAAGCAGCACAAUAAAUAAAUAGAUAGAUAAAGACACUAGGCAGGGAAUAUGGCAAUGGUCCCAUGCAUUGGCAAUUGGCAUUGCCCCUGCCGCCUAGUGGAUGUGGAUUUCGCUCUCUUUCACACACAUGGGAUCACAAGACGCGUGCUCUCUUCUUUCUCUGUCUAUAUAUAUGAGAGCUCCAAUCCAUAUCCAUGGCACACGCCAACCAUAUCACACAAUCCCCAUAUCUGUUUGUCUCCCUCCCCCUUCCCUUGCCUUGCAGCAGGCUUCCAUACAGUACGUGGUGUACGUGCCGUGCCAAGCUUCUCCCUCACCUACCUAAAUCCAAUCCACUUCCUUUCUUUUAUUUUUUUAUUAUCUCUCUACUACUAUAUACUUCCGGCGUUUCAUACUUUGUGUGUCUCAUCGAUAUUCUUCCUGGGAGCGGUGUUAAUUGCCCUCUUGUUGCCAACAAGAGAUGGCCGACGGCAGCAGCAACUCAUCGGCGGCGUCGGUGGCCACGGGAGAAGAGGCUUUCGUUGAGAAGAAGUAUGGUGGAAUGGCGCCUAAGAAGCCUCUGAUUUCAAAGGAUCAGGAGCGCGCCUACUUCGAUUCUGCGGACUGGGUCCUUGGCAAGCAAGCUGCAAACAGCGGCAACGCACGGGUUGCUACUGCUAUCGAAUCCUUGAAGCCAAAGCUAAAGAGGACGCCCCAUCACCAGCUUCCCCCUCGCAAGCCGACCUGUGCAAAAAAUUAAAGUGCCAGGGCUUACAAAACUUCCCUGGCUGGGAGACAUGAUGAAGAGAUGGAGUUGCUGGGAUUACUAGUCAUUUAGUUGCUUGGAUAAUUGCAUUGGUUAGGGCAAAUUCAGGAUUGAACCCUGCUACUAGGGGAAAUUUAAGCCAGUGGGGUUAUAGAUAGACUAGAUAUUGCCAGUAGUAUAUGCUUAUUUGUGGAAGUGGUAGAUGCCAUCAUCUGUUUCAGAUGAAAUGUAUCCUCUCUACUUGGCUUCUCUCUCACUCUAUAUAUAUAUAUAUAGACACACACACACACACACAAGAAAUGUAUGAAUGAUAUUCCAAUUUGGGAUGACAAUGUGAAAUCCUUUUGGAGGAGCUGAGAAUGGUGCAGUAUA